UUGUGGUGUGUUCUUCCAUGAGUCGGGGUUUAUGAUGGUAAAUGAGAAGCCAGUUCCGGCCAGCCCCUGUGGGCAAUACAUCAAAACCACCUUCGAGCUUGGCAAGGGCGCUCAACGAAUUGUCUUUCGAGGCAAUGACUUGCACAACGGACGCUGUGUGGCCUGGUGCGAGCCAAAGUUGAAGGGAGAGAAGGAAUGGGAGACCUUCACGAAAACUUCAUCUCUGUUGGAAAGUGUAAAACACAAAAACAUCGUAUCCUUCAUCGAGUUCUGGGAAGCAUCUCCGAACAGUAGCAGAACACCCGUACUGAUAACUGAACUCAUGGGAUGUACUCUCAAACAACAUCUCCAUACCUCGCCGCGAGGGUUUGUGGACUCAGCGAUAAAGUCCUGGGCUAGCCAGAUACUAGAGGCUAUAAUGUACCUUCAGACCUAUUCCAGCCACCAUGUUAUCGUUCACAGGACCCUCCGCUGCGACCAUGUUUGUAUCAACAUCAACACAGGGGAAGUUAAAGUCAGCUCAUUUGGCAGCGCCGUGCUGAAGGAGCGAGGAAAGUAUCUUGAUGACCCCGUAGGCCAGGUAGAGUUCAUGUCACCGGAAAUGGCAGUGGAGCACUACAACGAAUCUACCGACAUCUACUCGUACGGCAUCGUCCUUCUGGAAAUGCUCACCGGGGAAAACCCCUACGAGGAGUGUGACAAGUUGUCGCAAGCGAUAGAUUGUUUGAAGACGAAAAAGUACCCCAAGAUCCUGGAAACGAUCACGUGUCCAUACUCACGUGAUCUGGUGAGGUCGUGCAUCGAGCAUAAUGUAGAGAAACGGCUAAACCUCAACCAGAUCAUGAGUCAUCGCUAUUUUCAGACCCCUCUGCCAACGGGAUGGCCGAAGAUCUCGUUCAACUCGUUGGAUGGAGAUAACAUGAGGAUAUGUAUCUCUCAUCCUGACAACCCUGGAGAUGUCCAGUACUACUCCAUCAAUACCCAGACAGACCAGUCUCGCUAUGUCGCUGCUUCUCUGGUGAGAGGUGAUUACAUCAAGGAAGUACAUUUACAAGACGCCCAGAAUCAGAUUCAUAAACUCAUCGAAAAGGUUAAACGCCAGACGAGAGUCAAAAGCGAGUUGAUGGAUUUCUAUGGGCCAAUUCCGCAGCCUAUGCCCGUUCAGCCCAAGACCCCAAAGACGCCCAAGGUGGCUCUGCGGCUCUGCUCAUGGGAUUACGAAGACCAACACGUCGAACUGGAACUCAGUCAAACCCGCAUCGGGAAAAUUGUUAAAUUCCAGUUUGGUAUUUUGGAUAACGACCCUGAGGAAAUAGCCGAAAAAAUGGUGAAGGAGGGCCACUUAAUCGCUGAUAACAAAGCUGACUUCUUGGAAAGGCUAAAGACCAUCGUAGAAGAACAGCAGGACGAAGCCAGACGGCAGCAGAUGGAAGACGUCGAAGAAGACGUCAUCGAGCAAGAUUCUGCAGUGAAGGUUGAGGAACCUCCUCCAUCGGCUGAACCGGAAAAUGAGCAGUCGAAUUCUUCGUUGACGAUUGAAGUGCGACGGAAGCUGUCGCACGAUAAAGCCAAUCACCACGCCACCUCCCCCGACAUCGACACGCGCUCUCUUCACUCUGAAACGAGCAACAGUGUCCACCAGGAUACAUACAACAGUGUCAAAUCAGCGACGAACGGUAUGGACUCCGUAGUAUCACCUCCGAUUGUCACCUCCAGUGGACUCGCACUACCACCGAAUUAUUACCGGCCCACGACGCCAGGCAUGAUGCUGUACCCCCCUACAGCCCAAUAUAUGAUGGUCCCUCCCGGCACCAUGCACCACUCUGGAAGUAUACCCAGCGCUGGAAUGCACCAAAUGCCAGGCCAUCACCACCAGAUACCCCCCAACUAUUUGAUGAUGCAAUCCGGCCACAUCCCCCACAGUAGCAUUUAUACAAAUGGACACAUCGCAGCAGGAUGGGGCCAUGGAGCCCCCAUGGUCAGAUCCCAACACGAUAUGAAUAAUAUCAGUAGUAUGAGGAUGCCCGUCACGGCGGCGCAUCACCUGCCCUACAUGGCCGCUAGUCAGAAUCAGCGGGUGGAAAUGGACUUGAGAACUGUACGGGGAGACCAAGACACGCCGCCACCAGGCUUCAGGAACGAUAUGAUGAGUGCGGCUCCGUUAGACUGUCGGUCGGAUACGUAGACUGCUCAGUUUUUAUCGCCUCCACAACUCGAUUUUUUAUUUUGUCUUAGGUUAAGAAAUUGUUUGUAAAAUAAAAUUAAAAAUGAUAGUAUGAGGUAAAACGUCGCCAAAAUGGUCUAAUACAUUUAUGCAUAUAUUUAUUAUACUUUCAAAAGUUUGGUCAUCGGUUAUGUACAUGGUGGUUAACUGUUUGGUUUUUAAGAAUGGUGUAUGAAUUUGAUUGUAACUCUUGAUUUUUCAAGUGCAUAUUUUGCGAAUAGAUGGUUGCCGUUUUUAAUAUAGAAUUUUAAUACGUAUUUUCAGCGGUCUUAGAGAGGCCGCCGGGAAAGUCUGAUCGGACGUUUUGUAUUUCAUCUUAGUUCUAGUUUGCACGCCUAAUUUUUAAGUUUAUAUUUAAUUCAAGAUAAAGAUCCUCAAAUCUGCCACAUUUGAGCCCCUCUAAACGAAUUGUAAUAAUAUUAUACAUGCCGAGCUUAAAGCAUUAUGACUUUAAAAUAAUCACGUCAGAAGUGUCUGGUGAGCCGAAGUGGCAGAUUGAGAGAGAUAGGGAAGAACUUGAACUGUUUUCAUUCGCAAAACUAGGUAUUGAGGUAUCAACAUGUCCGUGUUGAGAAUCAUUUAGCACUUUCAAUUGUGGAGAAGCGUGACUUAAAGAGUGGCGCAUGCACUGGGAUGCACUCUAUAUGUACUGGGAUGCGCUGAUGCACUUCAAUAUCUGAAAGAUGCAACUCAUCACAACACCCCCAAACAUUUUCCAAUCAUCGUCCGAGUAGAAAGUGAGCUAGUGCAUGCCCUGCUCCAAAUUGCUUUUCUUGUUGAGAUUUUCGGCUCCGUUCACCCGUGUGUAUGUUUAGAAUAAAGAUAUUGUAUAUAAUGUAUGUAACGUUUGCCCUGAUAUACAUACUAUGGAGAGUCUAGAAAAGCAAGAAAAACGAUAUUUUUCUGGUCCAGAAACAAGAGGAAAACUAUCAUUUUUGUAUUUUGAAAUUUUUGGGUGAUUGUAUAAGAUCUUCACAGUGAAAAUGUGCAAUUUUAGGUCUGCAAAACGUUUUUUAAAGAUCUGUUUGCGUUGUCUUUCUACCUGAAUUCCACACUGCCCCAGAUGUUAUUCCUAAAAACAGUGCUUAAAUCUAAGUUCAUCUCAAAAUAUUAAGGGAUUCCAGGAUUUAUUUAACUAUAAGUCGCUAAUUCGGGACGGCAGACAUCGAUGUUAAAUAACAAAAAAAAAACUUUGAGAGAUAUAGUUUCCGAUUGUUCACGAUAUCUAUAUUUUUCUUUUCCAAAAUAAACAGUCUUCUUCGUUCAAUAAUC